AUGGAGACGUCCACAUCCUGCACCGACGCCGCCCCGAUGGGCCGCCGCGACUCCAUCAGCUCUCAGUUCUCGACCACCUCGCAGCGCUCGAUGCGAGUACAUGAUCUGUGUAAUCAUGUCAACGAAGAUGAGCGCCUUGCUGCCGAGGUGCUCCAGGGUCUGCGAACAAGCGAACCCGCCACCGCCGCCUCGCCCCAUUUCCUUCAGCGGGUCACCAGCAUGACAUCCAGCCUCCCUCUGCUUCGCGGUCCCAUGAACUCGAUCCGGGCAGCCACCGAUGCCGCCACCGAUGCCAUCAAGUACGGCGCUGAUGCCGUCGAGUCCAUGUCCAAGCCGGUGCUGCAUAUGAUCCCCCGCCUCCGCUCCAUGCGAUCCAUUUCGUCGUUUACCUCGGCAUUAGAACCUCAGACCGAAGCGACCAAACCCGAAGAUUCUGGCGCCGAUAACGCCGCCCCGACUGCAGCCUCGCCGUCCGUCGUAUUGCCGCCAUUGAGCGACGAGCCUGUGUCGCUCGCCGAUCCCGAGCUUCAUCUUCCCCCCAUUGCACCCGACAUGCUCCCACGAGCAGCUUCGCCGAUGAUGCUCCGCAAGAAUCGCAACACGUGGCAUCAGAUGAUGGCCGACCUGAGCACCAACUUGAGUGCAUGGAAGAACAUGGCCAUCAGCGAGGAGACCAUGCGUGCCCUGCGAUAUUGUCUCGACUGGCUCAAGUAUGCCGCUAUGCACAUCGAAAAUCAAAUCAAGGUCCUUCGCGCCUACCUUGCCCGGACAUCGUCGCGGCUGAUCACUUUCUCGAGCACGCAGCUGACCCCUCCGCUGUCGCCGCAGAACCAGCACCAGAUGGUCGCCUACGAACUCAUGCAGACGGCGCUCGUCGCCAAGCGUGAGAUUGCCAAUACCCUCCGCAAGGUUGUCGAUGUCAUCUGUCGAUAUGCGGCCGUCUACAUGCCCGCCGUCACUCGUCGUGUCGUGCGUGACUUUAUCAUGGACCUUCCCAUGCGCAUCAGCUCCCUCAACGCCUCGGCCCCGGUCCCCAUGGGCGCCGACGGUACCCCCAACUACCAGGAGGCCGAGACCAUCGAAGCCGAGCGAGUCCUUGUCAUCGCCACCGAGUCCAAGGACAUGCUCGUCAACCUGGGCAACAUUUUCGAGCAGGCCCUGACUGGCGCCGACAUUAUCCGCCGACGCAUGGGCGCCUCUUCGUCCUCGGCCGAUGCCAUGAGCGUCGGCACUGCCUCGGUUAUGGGCGACGACGAGCCUGUUUCGGACAAGAUGGCCCUCGAUCAGCCCGCUGAUUCGGCCGAGCCUGCCGCCCCCUUCGUUGGCCGUCGCCGCCGCGGCGACUCGGCCACGGUGCUGAUCCCGAACGACCGCGACAACAAGCUCCCCUUCCUGACCAUGACCUCGGAGCCGGCCAGCACCGAGCCCGCUGGCACCAGCAGCAUGGACAUUGACACCAUCUGA